GCAUAAAGGCCCCCGUGUAAUUCGACACCACUCUUCCCUGCCUAGACUUCAGUGUCCCAUCUUCGCUAGCCAAGGGUUUCUCACGAGAAGCGGUGCGGAUCAGAAACCCUUGGCUAGCGAAGAUGUCAGUGUCCUUGCACUGGGAAAUCGACAGUAAAGGGUAGCCCUAGAAGUAUGGAUUGUGGAAUUCUUAUCAAAGCGAACAUAAUGACCACUACUGGAAUCAAAGAAGCUGUUAUUAGAAUAGGCAUUAUAUAUGCUGUGUUCUUGUGUCUCCAUUGCUUGUCAUGUGCUGAAGGACUUAAUAUUACCAAGACAGGUGAUGGUCAUCAAAAUCAGCAGGAUGAACAAUGUGCCAUUUUUAUAUCAGAUUUAUAUAACAGCUCUGGUCCAUUGAAUGUCAGCAUGUGUAUCAUCCACCUACAAAAAAUCCAGUGUCAGAGUGGACUGAAAAAAAAAUGUCUACCAUUCAUUGCAAAUAAUGAUGAAUUUGCUUGCUGCAUCAAUGCAUCAGGCCUACAGAAUGUAGAUGACCAGUGCAUUAAAGUAACGCAUAUUCAGAAACUGGACAAAUAUGUGGCUCAAUGCUAUGGAAAGGAAGAGUGCAAGAAUCUUAAGCGUGAUGUCACCAGUCCAAUACCAGUACCACAAACUGUUGACUCGACAUCUCCAGUCUUUGGAAUUAUUAUUAUUGUAAUUGUGUAUGCUUUUUUAUGUUUGUUAUUUUUUUUUUCUUCUAUUAUGCAAAUAUUUUAAACAAACCAGAGAGAGAGAGAGAGAGA